AUUCCAACAAAAUCACCAUAAUGACCGACACGAUUAUCACAAUAGAAGGGCCUACAGAAUCUUCUUCGUUAGUCAGUAGUAUAUAUCCUACGCAAUUUCAUGAGAUAGAGCAAACGAUUGUUGAGCCAACAAAUUAUAUGAAUUCAAGCAUUUAUCGCAACUCUAAGGUGGUUGAAACUUCUUUUAUACAGUCUUCCUCUAUACCGAAUCAGUUUUUUAAACAAGUACAUUCAAUCGAUGAUAAUCUUGAGAAUCCUGCAACUACAAAUCAGUACAAAAGAAAAGAUACUCCUAGCCGCUGUAACAAUUGCCACUCUUCUACGUUUGCAACUGUUCAUGACACUAUACUACUGAAGAAUAAACUAAAGGAUAGACCACAAUUGCAAUCACUGUUCAGCUCUUCUGAUCUUUACACAAAACGACUGGAAACUUUAACAACAACUGCUGCUGUUGCAACAGCUAGUAGAAACAAAUUUUCUGCAAAAACGUUUUCUAAUUUUUCAGUAGAACCUGUAGUAUCCUCGUUUGGUAUAAGAAGCAAUAAUAAUAAUGAUGAUAAUAAUACUAGUAACUUGGGCGAUGCGCAUAGUAUUCAUUCUAACAAAUCGAGCCACCAUACAACAAAAAAGAAAUACUAUCAGCAUCAUCGAAAAAAGAGAAGCAAUCAUCAGUCUACGCCUACUGAGAUUUUCGCAAAGAAUCUAAGUGAAGCGGUUCUUGAUGUUGAUGACUCUUAUGAAGAAGGGUAUGUUUACAAUACGAAUGGCAGCAGUAGCAGCUUAUACCCACCUUUAAUAUCACCUACUCUUUUCUUCGAUUUGCCGACAGACAACAACAGUAUUAAUGAUACCAAACGAUGUCAAAAACAACAUAAGCGGUCUGCAUCCUAUUUUCUCAAUAAUGCCAAUACAAGUAAUGGCAUAGAUAAAGAAGACAGUUAUUUUCCAGAUUAUUUCCAGUAUCACCAAAAACAGCAGCCACAACAGGAGCAAUCAACAAGGAGGCCAAGACUUCGUUCUGCUGUGUCUGAAUUGCCAGCAAGAGGUGCUAUGAAAUCCUUCUAUAUAAACGCUAUCUUUCAAUCAAAAUUCGAAGAAAAGCGAAAAGAGUUCUUUCAACAGCAGCAAAAGAGAUUAAAGCCUCCCUCCCCCUCCUCCCUUUAUCUUACUAAACCUUCUUUCUCCAAUAAAAGUACUGGCUAUGGGCGUAUCAAACGGACACGAAAAAUAAACAAUUACGAUGAAGAAGAAGUAUCAUUAGAAAACACACCACUUCUGUAUUACCCAACCUCAUCGAAUAGUCUUUUAGCUAGAAGAAGAAGGCUUCAAAAGAAUAACAUCAGAAGAACGAAAGAGAAAAACGGCACAUUUUUUAGGAUGAAGUCUCUAUUUCACUUCUGUUAUUGUGGAAGACCAGCUGAUCCGGUCAACGAUGCAGCAACUUCUACAUUAUUAUCAAUGCCAAUAACGACCAGCCCAUCCAAGAAGUCACCUAACAGAAUCAGAACUUGUUUUAAUCUAACUUUAUCUAUUGGCUCAGUUAUGGGCGUCAUUUAUGUAACUUCAGUUCUCUGUUUUGUUUAAAUCAUAAGUUCAUAUCGUACACUCGAACAAUAUGAUUAAUCGAUUAUCUGAACCGUCGAAACAGCAACUCAAACCUUUUUAGUCGUUAAACCGACGACUCAAUUAACUAUGAUUUUUGACCUGACCUCUGUAGGUCUAACUAAAUUAUCAAUUAUGCUGGAACUUUACCGUUCGUUACACUUAUACCUCAUUUGCAACUGCAAUUAUGAAUUAUACUCAAUAAGAACUAUUACUUCCUUGGAAUUUAAAUAGCAAUGCUAACUUAUUACACAUUUGGCGGACAAGAUUUCUAGAUUAUGCCGCUAUUAAAAAAGCUUCUGUAUCAUGUAAUGUGCUUCAAACCUUUCGAUCAGAUGGAAACCUUUCAUGACAUCAAUCUUCAAAAUAUGAUUAAUGCAAGAAAUUCCUAUAGUAGCUUUCUGAUUGGCUCAUUUCCACUGUCUGAAAGCAAAAAAAAAAAAAUUAACUCUUCUGCAGAUCG